AUGGCUUCGGUGGGUGAGGAAGAUGUGGACUAUGAGAGUGAUCCAGAGGAAGCAAAGCGAUCUCUGGCGAUGCGGAGGAGGGCAGCGGCGAGCGAUGAUGAGGAAGGUGAAGGAGAGGUGAGAGAGAAGCCGGGGGAGGAUCCGAGGGCUGGGAUUCACUCCGAUGAAUCGGACGACCAGGGUGGGGCUGCUGAGUACGAUGAUGACGAAGAAGAAUUAGGCCUAGAAGAGGAAGAGGAGAUUGAUGAAGAAGAACAGGGUGAAGAUGAAGUUUUGGAACAGGAGGACUUGGAAGGCGAUCAGGAGAGAGGCCGGGAAGGUGAGACGGGUGGCAGGAUUGAGGUUUUGGCGGUGAAGGAAUCGGACGGUGAUGGGCGGAGGUCUGUGGAAGAGUCCGUCGAUGAGAAUGCAGAAACUCAAGCGGCAGAAGAGGAGGAGAAGAAGGAGAACGAGCCAUUUGCAGUGCCCACAGCUGGGGCUUUUUAUAUGCAUGAUGACCGCUUCAGGGACAAUGCUGUUGGUCGGCACAGACGAACACAUGGUGGAAGGAAGUUGUGGGAGUCCAAAGAUGAAAGGAAAUGGGGGCAUGAUAAGUUUGAGGAGAUAACUUUGCAUGAAAGGCACAACGAAGAGGGAAAGAAACCUUCUAAGGGUCCUCAUGUAGGUCGUGGAAGAAACCGAGGUGUUGAUCGUGGGUUUAACAGAGGCAACAGGUCUAAAGAAUUUGACAAUAAUAAUCAGAGACAGGUACCCAAGGGUGUGAGAGGGAGAGGGCCCAGAAGGUAUGAACCUGCUUUCAGGAAUAACAGACAGACACCCCCAACACAAAACAAACAAUCUGGAAAGCCUGUUGAGAAAAACAUGCAGACAAAUUCAGAACGAACAUUUAUUUCCACAUCAAAUGCAGAAUCUGACCCUGUUCCUGCUAGGAAAAAUGUCUUUGCAUCAAGCUUGAAUUACUUUUCUCCUCCUUUUUACCCAUCAGGCUCUUCCAGUAACAAUAAAGACAUCUCUCUGACCCAAAAACGGGAUGUACAGGCUGGGAGUGGUAGGAGGAAUGUUCGGUCAUCUGUAGUGCAGGACAGUUUCCAUGUUCCACAAACCAAUCCGCUGCUGCGAGGGAAGAAUAUAGCUGAAUCUGUUGGUGUGAACAAGCUUUAUAUUGAUGACUCCGUCAAUCCAGCUGGGAAGACGUUGACCAACUUACAAAUGCCAUCUUCUGGGUCAUCAUUUGCCAAUACUACUCAAGCUCCUCAGUCCAGGGUUCAUGGAAGGAGUGUUAUCCCAGGACAGAUGAGCUAUCAACCUGCCGUGUCUCAAAAUCAAAUGACAAGAGCUUCUCAGUCAACAACGCAUCACCAUGCAGUUCAUCGCAAUCCUGUUCCAAGUCGAUCUCAAUUGGCUGUACAAGCUUCUGCUCAGCAGUUGGGACAGCGUCCUGGAAGUGGAUCUGGAACUUCCUCUCCACCCAAAACAACUAUGUCACCAAACUCCUUCGAAUCUGGAGAAGUUGAAUCACCUUCAGAUUCAAGUAAAUCUAAAGGUGCCCUGAUUGCAAAGGGAAAAGGCAGUGUUCAAGGUAGUGGAAGGAGCACUCUUACUUAUGGUGGAGCUCAGGUUAUGGGAUCCGCUCAUGGAGAUCAGAACUUUCCUGCAACUCCAGCCUUUUUGCCUGUUAUGCAAUUUGGGGGACAGCAUCCUGGGGGUAUGGGAGUUCCUGCUGUUGGCAUGGCAUUCCCUGGAUACGUUGCUCAGCCACAACUUGGUUUAGGAAAUCCUGAAAUGACAUGGUUGCCUGUGUUGGCGGGUGCUGCAGGAGCUAUGGGGGCAACAUAUUGUCCACCCUAUAUCUCUGUUGAUGGUUCUUAUCAUUCUCGCCCUUCGGGACAAACAUCUUCUGUGGGUUCCUUAAGCAAAGAGAAUAAUGCAAAUAAAACCAAUAACGAAUGGAAGCCUUCACAAAAGCCUGAAAUUGUGGGCGAUGAGUAUGGGCAGCGACAAAAUAAGCCUCGUAGGUAUUCACAGAUGAAUGUGGCCAGUGAAGUACUUCAAAAUAAUACGGAGCUUGUUUGA